UCAAUGAAUGUGUGACGAGUGUAUUUAUUUGCAGGAAACAUCACAAAUGGACCUCGUGGGAGGAGACUCUAAUUUCUGUUGCCGCCUCGUUAGAAGCUCCUCAGAGUUUCGUCCAUACAAACAGGCAACACUGUCAAAUGCGAGACUCGCUCCUGCAGACACAAAGCCCGCCGGCUAUCCCCACCUUCGUGCGGCCUUUAAAACUGUUUCAUCUGUGUACAGGAUCACUGUUGACCGCAUAGCAGAGGCCAGGAUAAAAGCCGAAGAGGGGGAGAGCUGUCUCACAGACACGAACGUACACGUAUGUACGCUUGAAAGAGCGCCGAAGAAUAGGGCUGCCUGUACCUUGAAGAAAUGGAGUGUGGCGGAAGGGAGAGAUUUCCGAGUAUUGGUGCGAUAGUGGCUCUGAGCCGCGCUCCGAUGACUCAUCCACAUUCGUGUCAGAAACGUCAAGCGGCCGCGUGAGAUAAGUUCGGCUUCGGUGGAUGGACGAGAUAAACGUGCAAUCUCGAUUCGCGAGCACUCGAGUUAAUUUUUUCGACUUGAUGAGUGGUUUUCCGCAUGAUGGAGGAGGAUAUUGCUAACCGGCCCAAGUGGUUGUUGGAGUUGGAAAAUCGUAAGAGAAAGCCGCGUCUAGCACACGAGGCUGGUGCUGGUGCACCGUGCAUGAACUGCAACUCCAACUGCCCUGGCCUUGAUCUGCACUUUUGGAGGAAAAUCUGCAAGAAUUGCAAAUGUGGCCGGGACGACCACGAUGUCGACGACGACGAGUUCCCGCAGUUUGACCUGUUAUUUGGACCGAGUGCAAAAUUUAAGAAGAAAUCGAUGCGUCUGCAAGUAAAUAACAAGAAACAAAAUGAAGGUGAAACUACGUUUGAGUGGGUACCACCGGAUACAACCAAGGAACUUGUCAUGGAUUACAUGAAGGCUUUGCCCGAAGACAAAUUGCCGAUUAAAGGAUCAGCUGGUGCCGCUCUAAGAAGGCAGUUGCUGCAGAAACAGUUACCACUGCACGAUAUAGACCACAAAGCUUGUGAUGCGCUCAGUGAACAGGAGCAGAGGCAGUUCGAGAAGUAUUUGGAAAACAUAAAGAAAUACGCGGGGCAAGGCAAAGUAAUAAAGAUAUUAGGUGCCCGUCCAUUCGAUCGUUCUCUCAUGACGCCCGUCAACGCGACCGACAUGCAGCGUUGCAGUCCACAACACAAACCUUACGUGUCUUCUCCGGGCGUUCAAUUACGCACACCGAGUAGUUUCGCCGUGAGGAGCCCGUAUGCGAAGCAUCCGUCCGACAGUCCCAGCAAGCAAGAUAUCGCAGCUACGAACGACAGCAGGGCGCUCGAAGAAUACAAUCGUUCCUUGGCAAACGUGUCCACUGUCAGCGGUAACGUCGUGAGAUCGCAGCCGAUCGAGGGGAAGCUCCACGAGAACCCCCAGCACGUGGGCGACGCCGCGUCGACGAACGAGAGAGCCGCUGUGAACGGCAAGAUAGUAAACUCCUCGAUCCCCGUGCGCCUCGCCGAGCAGGAGAUCCAGCCCGUUCACGAGAUGCACACUUCCGGCAGCUUCGUGCCGUCCGCAGGGAGCCGGGCGAGAAACGCGUCGUCGGCGAACCCUGACGAAAGGCAUAGGGAAACGUUGAGCGAUAUCGGCGCGCCGUAUGGUUUCGCGCACUCGGAGGCUCAGGACAGCGAGGCGGUUUCCAUCGCGGAGUCCAUGCUGGCCGACGCGCUCCUCCCGCCUAGCGCGAUACACGCCAACGACAUCAUCGGCAGCACUUUGGGUGAGGAGGGAUUGAUGUACAUCAGGGAGAAGCUUGCUGAUAAGUACAACGCCCUGGAGAACCCGGUGCUAUACACCGCUCCCAAGUCGUCGCGACCGUUGGACACGAGCGACCUGCUGCAGCCGCGCGGCGGCACCGCGCCCAGGGAAGCGAACAAUUCCCAAUCGAGCGUCACCAAGGACGCCGAGAGAGCGGCUGCCAUGAGGAACUCGGCGGGAAGCUUCGCGGAGAGAAGGGAGAUCACUACAGGUGCACUUUUGGAAGCUGAGAAGAAGACGUGCAAGCCCUUGUCCCAUGUGGCUCAGUCAACUGUUGCGCCCGCCGGUCUCAACGAGCAGAAGCAGUACGGCUGGCUGUUGACUCACAAACUCCCCGACGUACGUCCAAGCGCGCCCUUGGCACAGGACGUGUUUGGAGCGAUAGAGAACGCCGCAGAUCCAUCGGUGAACAGAUACAAGCCCGCCGACACGGUCGUUCCCGCGUCGAAUCCGUCUCCGCAGGUCGGCUCUCAAUAUUCCGUCAUCCCCAGUCCGCUGCUGCAAGCCGAGCUGAGCAGUUCGCACGUGCAGCCGACCGUCCUGCACUCCGAGCAGCUGCACAACCCAGUGUUCCCACACAACGUCGUCGGAGGGGGUGUUAACGAAGUGGCGCAACGGAACGCAAUGGAGGAGCAUCUGAAGAACGCCAUGGAGGGCCUGAGGAUCGACUCGACGCGGGCGCAGAAGUGCCGCAAGUGCCACGAGGACAUACGUGUCGGCGAUGUCGUGGUGACCGCGGAGAAGGCGAAGGACGCGUCCUGGCACCCCGGCUGCUUCGUUUGCUCGGUGUGCAACGAACUGCUGGUGGACCUGGUGUAUUUUCACUAUAAGAACGAGCUGUACUGCGAGAGAGACUUGUCCGCACACUUGGGGAUACCCCGGUGCUUCGCCUGCGACGAGUUGAUCUUCGUGCGAGAAUAUACGGUCGCGGAAGGGCACAAUUACCACGUGAAGCAUUUCUGUUGCUGGGACUGCGACAUGCCACUGGCUGGACAACAGUACAUUACCGAAAACGAUCGUCCCUUGUGUCUUCCGUGUUAUCAAAAAACGUACGCGAAAACGUGCGCUGCUUGUAAUAUCGUAAUUGCCGCCGAUCAGCAGGGUGUAUCUAUAAAGAACUUGGAUUUUCAUGCAACCGAGGCAUGCUUCUGUUGUUACAGCUGCAAGAAGAACCUGUUGAACGGUAGAAUGGCAAUAAAGGAGAAUAAGUUGUUCUGCAGUAAAGAAUGUAUCGCAAAGUUCCUCAACCGAUAAGCCAUGUGUGAAAAUAGAAUUAAACUGAUUCGCUAUUGUUAA